AUGACCCGCGCCGGGCGUGAGCAAACAAAGUGCUACACCUUUGCAAGUCAUACCUGCGCCGGGCGCGAGACUACCCUCGCCAGCCCAAACCCUCCCUCAGCAUCGUUCCAUUCCGUUCCGCCACCUUCAUCGUUUAGGUUACCUUCAAUCAGAGCCUCACAAAACGACCAUGCGUUUCGCACUCCACCAAACCCUAAACCCUCGUCUCCUCUUAUCCAAACCCUAACCUCAUUCUUCUCCCCCCUCGUCGAAACCUCAUGCAUCGUCGUCGCUGCCAUCACUUUCUUCUUCAUGCGCUUCCAUGCGCCCGUCUUCGCCGCCUCGCUCUCGCUGUCACUGCAGGUCGAGUUCGCGGAGGAGGUUGACCUAGAAGCAGAGAGAGCUCUUGAAGAGCGCCUCACCACCAAUCUUGACGACACCGACAUGCUCCACGCGCUCAUGGAGUGCAAAAUCAGAGCCCGCAAGAUCGAGGAAGCGAUGGCAGUUCUAGACCGUUUGAUUGAAGUCGAACUGGAGGAGUACGAGUGGCCACUGCUGAAGGCAAACAUGCACAUCUACAACGACGAAUGUAACGACCCACCCUAG